GUAGUGUUUUGUAAGAAUAUCCAUACAAAAAAAAGCUACAAUUUUUAACGCAAUUAAGCUUCUGAGCCAUUUGCCGUACUACCUCAUCUCAGCUAGUCUCAGACCAGUCUCAUUUUAUUUGUGUAGGCCUAUAAUUUUUCACUAGUUCAAUUUAAUUUCAUUCAGAAGACUUCAUUCUAAAUCGACAACAAAAUGUCUUCAGUUCCACCAUUAUAUGAAAACGCUUUGGAUCUCAUCGGUAACACUCCCUUGAUCAAGUUAAACAAGAUCCCCCAAUCGUAUGGUAUCAAGGCUAAGGUGUAUGCCAAAGUAGAGUUGUUCAAUGCUGGAGGGUCCAUCAAGGACAGAAUCUCCAAGAACAUGAUUUUGGAAGCUGAAAAGUCUGGAAGAAUAAAGCCAGGUUACACUUUGAUCGAACCUACUUCUGGUAACACCGGUAUCGGUUUGGCACUUGUCGCUGCCGUAAAGGGCUACAGAACCAUCAUCACUUUACCAGAAAAGAUGUCCAACGAAAAGGUCUCUGUCUUGAAGGCUUUGGGUGCUGAAAUCAUUAGAACUCCUACUGAAGCUGCUUGGGAUGCUCCUGAAUCGCACAUUGGAGUUGCCAAGAAGUUGGAAAAGGAAAUUCCUAACUCAGUCAUCUUGGACCAGUACUCUAACCCAGCCAACCCAGAUGCCCAUUACUACGGAACUGGUUUCGAGAUUUGGGAACAAACCAAGGGUAAGGUCACUCACCUCGUAGCUGGUGCAGGUACUGGAGGAACUAUUACCGGUAUUUCCAGAUACUUGAAGGAAAAGAACCCAAAGGUUGAAGUCACUGGUGCUGACCCUAAGGGUUCUAUCUUGGCCCAGCCAGAAUCAUUAAACACUAGUACUGAAGGUUACUUAGUUGAAGGUAUUGGUUACGACUUUAUUCCUGACGUGUUGAACAGAAAGUAUGUCGACAACUGGAUCAAGACAGAAGAUGCUGAGUCAUUCAAGUUGGCCAGAAGAAUCAUCAGAGAAGAAGGUAUCUUGGUUGGAGGUUCUUCCGGCUCUGCUUUGCAAGCUGCUUUGCAAGUAGCCAAGGACUUGACCGAAGACGAUGUAGUCGUUGUAGUUUUCCCAGACUCUAUCAGAUCGUACUUGUCCAAGUUUGCUGAUGACGAAUGGAUGAAGAUCAAUAACUUCGCUGUAGAUGAAACCAGCUCGUCCGGUAACAAAUCUGAUGACUUCUUGGCCAGCAAGACCAUCAGGGACUUGGUUGCUGGUAAGGCUCCUGUCGUCACUGUCACCUUGUCUGACACUGUUGGAAAGACCUUUGACUUGUUGCACGACAACGGCUUUGACCAGUUGCCAGUGUUGAACAACAGUGGUAAAUUGGUUGGUUUGGUCACAUUAUCCAAGAUCUUGAAGUCGUUGUCUACCAAAAAAGUUCAAUUAACGAACUCGAUCGCCUCUGUCAUUAUCGACUUCAGAAAGUUGGCUGAUUUUGAGAAAUCAUUCACCAUCGCCAAGGAGUCUGGAUUUACUAAGAGAUCCUACGAGCCAAUUACCUUGGAUACUCCCUUGGCAUUGUUGAAUAAGUUCUUUGAAACCAACUCCAAUGCUAUCAUUACUGAUGAUGAAUUGAAGCCAGUUCAAAUCGUCACCAAGGUCGACUUGAUCUCAUUCUUAACCAAAAAUGUUGCUUUCUAAGUGAAAGAAACUAAGCCCUGGAUGAGAAACUAAACAGUAUAAGAUAUACAUUCUUGAAGACUCGUAUCUUCCAAGAUUCCUUUAGAAGUCUUAUAUAGCUUUAGAUGUAAUAAUUAAUAUAAUACAAAUACAAAAGAGAAUGCU